AUGGUUGCCAGAAAUACACGAUCUCCUAGGAAAAUCAAAGUACACAAUGUUCCAUGGUCACCGAACAGUUCCGGAUUUACUGAGGCACUUAGUCAAUUACUCGAAUACUGGUGUUGGGUUCCGGAGUGCCUCAGACGUCUCGGUUGUCAUUACUCCUAUCUUUCGCCCGAGAACUAUAAGCAUUGGGUGACGGCAAAUUUUAGGAAAGAUACUACGCGACCUCUAAAGGAGAUUCCUGAUGAGAUGGUAAACAAUCUCCUAGCAGCUAAGCAGCUGAACCAGGGUAUUCUUACCUCAAGACAGGUAGCCUUCAGCAAAUUUGAUAUGCAAAUCCACAAUCCAGUCUCGCACGAUGAGAUUGAAGCGAUUAAUUUCUCCGAAUUGUACAACUCACUACUUCAAGACAUGACUGGCCUUCAAUGGCCGAAUGAUGAGUUGAAAUCAGGGAGUGGCUAUGCUACCACUUCUCACUAUAUAUGGGGACAGGAAGCUAAUUACUACUCCUACCUUUACCUUCAAAGUACCCGAAUUCUAGCAGCGGACAUAUGGUUUACGCAUUUCCAGUCCAACCCCUUGAGCCGAAAUGCAGGCCUACGAUAUCGAGAAAUGAUUUGA